AUGUCGGCUGCAAGACGCAGAGCCUCUCUUGACCGUAUCUCGUGUCUUUUGGACGUCGAGCUGAAGAGGAUUUACGCCAGAGGCACUGCUGACGUCAUGGUUGCCAAUUGUCGCCAACUGGUGUGUUCUGUUUUUUUAACUUCAUACCGUCAGGACGUAAGGGGUGAAAAUUGUGAAAACUUCAGAAUUCAUUGGAGUUUAUCGAGUAUCUCUAUUACAAGAUAAACGAUGCAAUCAACAGUGUGGACGGCGGUCAACACCGCGGCUUCCACCGAUUGGCGCGCUUUCAGCACAAGCUCAAAGAUAAAUCUGUUGGUUUUCCACAUUUUCCAUUGACGGAAAGAGAAUCUCAGGGCCUUCCGAUGACGAUCCUGACGUUGCCGCUCACAGGAGAGGACAAUUCCUUGCCUCCACCUUCCGCCUCGCAGUCCAGCCACUACGCAGCUUCCUCCCGCGGCAGCGACGAGUACGAAGAUUACGACAAGGUCAAAUUUUAUCAAAUCGCUUCAUUUCAAACAAAAUGAAUGGUAAGAAUCAUAAAAAAAGUUUUAUUUGGUCACCAGAUUAUAAAUGGAAAGUUUUUCCUUACAAGGGGUGUCAUAUUACUCUGUACUUCAGAAAUUCUUGAAACGAAUUCGAUCAUUUGUUUAAAAACUUCAUCAAGUAAAUAAGAAAGCCAAUUUCACAGAAAUAUCUGCAAUCCCUAGUGAAAUAGGGUCAAGGAUUCUUGUUCCAGAUAUCUGACGAAGGCUUCUACAGCUCGCCGUCACGUCAGACUACAGUAAUCGACGAUUCUGCUAGCCAGACUUUGUGCCGCGUGUUGUACGACUUUGAUCCUAAGCACGAAGAUGAGAUUCCAGUGAGUUCUUGAGAGACUUCCAGCUGGAAACACUCCGAGAAUCGCAGAUCCGAGCAGGACAGUGCGUCUUGGUCGAAGACCGUAUUGGGGACGAUUGGCUUGUCGGCCACGUCAUCUCCGAUCCGAACUUUUCUGAAUCGCAAGUCGUUCCCGGUUCCACGCCGGCCACCGGCCGGUUCCCCACUACCUACGUUGCGUUUUUGACGUUUUUGCGACUGAAAAACAUUUGGGACGACUAA